CCCCUUCUCCGCCCUUCCACAGCACCCCGCAUUCUCUACCACCACCGGGGAAAGUACCUCAACCACGACAAAAUGUUUUCAACUUUGCGGUCUAUCAUCUCGGCCAUCGUCGGCCGCACGACAAGUGUACCAUCGCCUUCUAUCCUCCACGGACGCCCCACCCAAGCUCCGACAUCCCGCCAUGAGAUCCGCGAACUCCUCGCAUCGGCGUUGUCGGAGAAAUGCUCUUGUGAGAUCUGCUCAAGCGCCGAGUACUCCAACCAGGCCACGCUCUGCCCCGUAGAGCACGCGCCAACCGACAUCAUCAUACAGCCGUGCCGACAACCAAUGCUGCAGGAUCCUGAAACCGAUCUUUGGCCGUACAACGCUAUGCAUUUGGCCCGCGCGACGGUGCGGUACUUUACGCGGUCUAUCAAACAGUUCGACAAGUACCAGAGAAUGUCUGCAGCGUAUUGUCGGAAUAUGUUCCAGGAUGAGGAGUUCAUGGGCGCGCUGAAUAAGGAGGAUUGCCGGAAUACGCUUAAUGAGGGACUGAUGUUGAUUCUGGUCAGGAAUCUGGGGCAAGUGUUCUUCUUCGGCGAGGUGAAUGUUGUGGAGUUUCGUUGGGGCGAAAAGGAUGACAAGUCGGUGGACACAGAUGGACCGUAUACGAUGACGAUUCAUCCCACGGCGUAUGAUGAAGAGGUGGGGACGCCACGGUCGAUGCAGCGCAUUGGCGCUAUUCUCCAUGAACUGACCCGCCUCUUCUUGCGAGCAAAUUCCUGCGCUUGUUGCAUGUGGGCCUCCACGGACAAUUUCAAUCAAGUAGGCCGAGGUCGCGCGUGGCAUAUCAUCGCCAAAGCUAUCGAAGAGGCUGACCAUUUUCUGCUAUCUCUCGAUUAUAUCGAUUUGCGCCGGCAGGCAUGUCUGAUCGCCGACGUGCAGGAUAACUUCGACCGGCCUAGUCUUCAUGAUAUCCGGGCUUAUGGGUUCGCCGACCUACUGGAGGAGGGCGCAUAACGUGUGGAGCAAGCCCAUCGUUC